UUCGCAUUCCAUGAGAUUGACGUCCCAGUCAUCGAAUGGAAAGCUGCACUGGUCGUGGGGUUCCAAUGCUGUGCGUGUGGGAGCUCAGUGAUGCAGUGGCUGCAGAUCUGGGCGGCUUUCUAUUGGCUCUAGUCUCCGAGGGCUUCUGUGGAUCGUGAAGGCUGCAGGCAUUUACAUCUAUUGCUUCAUUUCAUCUAGCCCUUUGAAUUCUAAUUUAGGUUUAAUAAUUUCAAGGCUCCAAAAUACUGUGCCUAAAAUCUCUGAUGUGACAGCAGAAAACAUCUUCUUUAAGGUUCUUGUACCAUUCAUUAAUCGUAAAAAAGCUUGGAAAUUAAGUGAAAAAUGGCAACAUUGCUGGGAUUCCUAAUCCUCCUGAUUGUGAAGUAUGUAGCAGUAGAUGGAGGCAUCCAGGAUGAUAUCACUGCUGACUUUUCUGUGAAAAUUUACCAUCACUUGAGGUCAAUACAGAAAGAUGAAAAUAUUUUUUACUCCCCCUUCAGUAUCGUCAUUGCUUUAGGAAUGAUUGAGCUUGGAGCUGCUGGUACAACCCUUGAGCAAAUUCAACAUGUUAUGGGCUCCAAUUCCAUGCAAAGAGAUGAGGAAUUUGACUUCUUCCAGGACCUUUCUCAAUCCAUGAAAGCAGAUCAUCAGCAGUAUGUAAUGGAAGUUGCCAACUCGUUGUUUGUGCGGGAAGGAUUUCAACUGAGUGACAAUUACCUACAAAUGCUGAAAAGAUAUUUCGGUGCCAGUGUUGAAAAUGUUGACUUCAACCAUCCUUCUUCAGUGGCUGAUCUUAUCAAUGAAUGGGUACAAAAUCAAACUGAUAGUAAAAUACAAAGCCUUUUAUCAGAGGAAGACUUCAGUGCCUUGGCCCAUGUAGUCCUCGUCAAUGCAAUUUACUUUAAAGGAAACUGGAAGUCUCCAUUCAGAGCAGAGCAUACACACACUUUCCCUUUUACCAAAGAUGAUGAAAGUGAAAUACAGAUACCUAUGAUGCACCAACAAGGAGACUUCUUCUAUGGUGAGUUCAGUGAUGGCUCCAAUGAAGCAGGAGGAGUGUACCAGGUGUUAGAAAUGCCUUACCUUGGUGACAAACUGAGUAUGAUGAUAGUUCUCCCAAGACAGGAAGUACAACUGGCCACUUUGGAACCCCUUAUUAAAACCCAACUAAUUAAUGAGUGGGCAAGCUAUGUAAAGAAGCAGAAGGUUGAAGUGUUUCUGCCAAGAUUUAAAAUGAUGCAGAAUAUUGAUUUGAAGGAAGUUCUGGCUGGCCUUGGGAUCUUGGAAUUGUUUAGUGCUGAUGCUGACCUCUCAGCAAUGACUGGAAAGAAGGAAUUGUACAUAUCCAAGGCUAUUCACUCAUCUUUUAUUGAGGUGAAUGAAGAAGGUUCAGAAGCAGCUGCAGCCUCAGAAAUGGUUGUUGUCAGCAGAAUGCUGACCCUUAAUCCCCAGGUCAUUAUUGAUCAUCCAUUUUUCUUUCUAAUCCGCAACCAAAGGACAGGUACCAUUCUUUUUAUGGGUAGAGUCAUGCAUCCUGAAGAUGUCAAUCCAAAUGGUUGUGAUUUUGAAGCAUUAUAGACGCUGUCAUUCUAUAGUGAGAGACAUCUAGUUUAACAGCUUUUCAUUUUUAUGCUGGCAAUGUUUGCCAUCACUUUAACUUAGGACAUUAUAGAGUAAAUGCACAAUAAAAGUAUGAAGUAAACAAUAGUUGUAUUACUGUUACUUUAAUGUCAGCUUCAUUCUUUGAAUUACAAAUGCUUCAAAUUUUAUAACACUAAAAUCUUUAAUGUUUUGAAAUCUUUAAUGUUUUGAAAUCUUUAAUGUUUAGUUUAAAAAUUAAACUGAAAAUAACAUGCCAUUCCUUUGCUUACAUUUUCACAUUUUACUAGAAUCUACAAAUGUUGUAUUCUUAGCUGUAAGGAAAUAAGUAAAAAAUCCUUAGUUAUGCAUGCAACAAUACUAAAAUGUGUAUUUAUGAAUUAUGUAAUGAUACAAAUGGGUGUUAAAGGUUCGUGGUUCAUAAUGUAAAACUGCAUUUACUUUGUUCUUUGUUUUCAAAAUUAUAACCCAUAAUCAUUUGUAAUAUUUUCACCAGAAUUAGUUACUCUUCUGGUUGUAGUCUGUGGACAAUAUUUUGUUUCCAUUUGGUUCCACAUUUCUGCUGAAGUUUUCUUCACUAAAAUGAAACUUUGACUUACUCAGCAAAAUAUAUUGGUGGCAGUAAGUUUUUAUUUUAAAGAAAGCUAAGCUUUUGUUUAAAUACUCAAUUUAAGGACGCAUAAGGAUAUAGCUAAUCAAAAGCUCAUCUUCCAUUAAUUUGAGGUGCAAGUCUUGGAUAUUGUAUCCAGUAUUAUGAUUUCCAUAUUUAUAUUAUCCUGCAUUCACUUUAUUUUGAAAUUGCAUAUUGCUAGGUUAUUGCUUACUGCAGGUCCAUAAAUAGCACACUCAUGCUUGAAUACUUAUGUUCAUUCCACUUGCAGCAGUGAAAUUAACCCUUUUUGGGUUUUAAAGUAGGAUUGAUCAGUAGCAAUUUUUAUAUUGCAGAAAUGAAUAUAUUUUGGGUGAUAAGAUGGUGAAAAGGGGGAUAUGAGCCAAGUUUGUAUAGACCAAAACCAGAUUGAUCAGACAAUUGCUUUCCCAGUCAGCUGAGGAAGUAGAUAAAUAUGUAUCUAGUUGAGAAUGUCUGAACAAAACUUCCAAAAUGAAAGCAGGGCUGACCUCAUUGAGAAUAGACACAAUGCAGAACACUCCAAUUGUAAAUCCCACAGCAAUGCUUCAGAUAGCAGUUUAAAGCACACUUGCAAGCUGAACCAGCUAUUAAAGCUGUCAAGCAAUGUAGAGGUCUUUAAACAUUCAAAACCUAUUAAUAAUUUAUAAAUUCAUACACUAACACUGGAUGGGAUCGAGUUUAAGAGCCGCGAGGUAAUAAUGCAGCUCUACAAAACUCCGGUUAGACCACACUUAGAGUACUGUGUCCAGUUUUGGUCGCCUCAUUAUAGGAAGGAUGCGGAAGCAUUGGAAAGGGUGCAGAGGAGAUUUACCAGGAUGCUGCCUGGUUUGGAGUGUAUGGAUUAUGAGGAGACACUAAGGGAGCUAGGGCUUUACUCUUGGGAGAGAAAGAGGAUGAGGGGAGACAUGAUAGAGGUAUACAAAAUAUUAAGAGGAAUAGAUAGAGUAGACAGCCAGCGCCUCUUUCCCAGGGCACCAAUGCUCAAUACAAGAGGACACAGCUUUAAAGUAAGGGGUGAGAAGUUCAAGGGAGAUAUCAGAGGGAGGUUUUUCACCCAGAGAGUGGUCGGUGCAUAGAAUGCACUGCCUGGGGUGGUGAUGGAGCCAAGUACAUUGGUCGAGUUUAAAAGAUUGUUAGAUAAGCAUAUGGAGGAAUUUAAAAUGGGGGGAUAUGUGGGAGGAAGGGGUGAGAUAAUAUUAGCUGUGGUUUAAAGGUCAGCACAACAUGGUGGGCCAAAGGGCCUGUAUUGUGCUGUAUUGUUCUAUGGAGUAAAACAUAAUCAAAAUCCACAUCUCCAACAAAGAACUUUGGAAUAGGGUUGUUUAGCUGGAAUCUGAGCUGCUUCAGAUUUUAGUAUUUUCUGCAUGUUCUGAUUUUGUUUGAGAUUUCCAGCAAUUGCAGUUUAUCACUAAAGCAAAAUACUGAGGAUACUAGAAAUACUCAGCAGUAAGCUGUAAUACAUUGUUUUGAUUAUUUAAAAUUAAUAAUCACAUGCCAGUUUUAAAGUGGUGGAUAUUUUACUAAAAAGGCAAAAUGUUUUCCUCAUGGCGACUCUGCAACAGAACAGGCUCAGCUAGGAGGAAAUUCCACAGACACAACUAUAACCACAGACCCUUAAUUCUCAUUCCAGCAAAAGAAAAAAUUCAUAAAUGGGAGACGCUAAUGGUUUUCUAGCAGAAAAACAAAAACUUAGCGUUCAUAGAUCAAGGAAUAUUUGUACCUCAAUUUAAAACUCCCACCCAGCAGCCUUACAAGCCUCAGACAUCAAUUUUGGCCUCUACCAUAUCCCCUAGCCCACCCUAACUCUUCCCCACCAUCCCCUCACCCCAAAUCACCACCUUCCAUCUUGCUCUGCAUUCUCUCUCUUUUACAUCAUUUCUUAAAGUCUAUCACUUUAACCAAACUGUUGAUCACCUGUUUCAAACUCUUCUAAUUUUGUCUGCCAACAUUCCUUUGAAGUUCUUUGGGAAUGUUUCCUUAUUUAAGGUGCAAGUGGUUAGUAACUAUAAAAAUAUUAAAUGAACUGAUAGCAAGAGUGCUUAGGGAUCUGUCAGUUUCUUGUGAAUCAUGCAAUUUUCAGUGUAUUUUCAUAGAAUGAGCUGCAUUUCCAUUGCACAGAUUGUGAGGAAAUUACAGUUUCUCAAAAAGGUGGAAAGAAAUGGUAAGGUAAAAAUCACAAGUGGGAAUAAUGGAGACAUGCAGAUAUGAAUCAGAAUGCAUCAUACUUCUCUUGAGCUGUUUACGUCAGUACCCAGUUGAUGCCUGGCCAUUGUGGGAAGUUUGGUAAUUCCAGGUGAAAUGUUUCCAGCAGCUAAAAGUAAAAGAGAACCAUUCUGUAGCUGUUGGCCAAUGUCCAUUUGAGUAUUCGGGGAAAGUUGCUGCAAAAAUAAAAGUACAUGGAAUAUGCAAAAUUAUUCUAAUUUGAUUUUUGAUUUAGGAAGAAUAAUGUUAAUUGGUCAAUGGGUAAUUAGGGAAAACAUUGCAUUUCACUUGGUUAAAUGGACAAGCUAUUUCAACAAAAUGGCUCGGUUCUUCCCGCUGUUGAAUCAUGAACUGACACACACAAGUACAGCACAUUCCAGAUAUCUCAACCGGGGCUUGUAAUAUCGAUAAGACUUGCUUCAAAGUGGUUUUAAUAACAUUAAAGUUAUGUGUUCUGUUAGAAGUUAAUCCUCUUGGAAGAGAAGCUAGUGGAAUAAUUGAAGGUAUUAAUAUCUUAAGUAUUGUUGUCUGUAUGUUACACGUACAACAAAUGCUAGUUAUUCAGCUGUAUUUGUAAUUAAAAUACAAGCCAAACAAUUCGGUCUUUGUGAUCCAAUUAAUAUAUUUUCUGUUUUUUUUAAAAAAAAGUGAGUACUAAGUUUAAGAUGAUAAUGCAUUGAAGGUUUUCUGUUUUUUUUCCCUGUGUGGGCAAAUAUGUGAAUUUAUUUAAUAGCAACUGAACAAAUCAAAAUAUUCAGAGUCUGAGAUCACUUAUGUCCAUGUGUGUUAUUGGAACCCGUUGUUUUGAUUUGUGUAACAGACACACAAAUACUUUUUUUAAUGUCUGGAGGUGACAUGCUCACAAAGCAGAUAUUUGGGAUUUGCCUGACCAUUUUCCUAAGAGAUUGGUUCUUUCUUUUCAUAUACAGGUUGGAACUACAGUUUUAAAGUAUGGGUUAUUUUGAAUAUUGUAUUCCAUGAAUAAAGCUAACUAACUGUAUAAAUAUCUUGCAACUGUUUACAAGCAUAAAAUUUGAAACAUUUGUGUGCAUCAUUUAAAGAUUUGGAUCUGCAAUUUAAGUAAGUUUACAUUUAAUAAGUGGAAUUUUAAUUGUGAUCUUUGACUAAGCUUUUUGUCAGUCAUACUUUUCCAUUGUCAGUGUCAAUGUUUGUUUAAACAAUGCUCCUGCAAAGUACCCAUCUUAAACGUGGUAUAUAAUGCAAACUAUUGUGGUGCUCUUAUUUUGUUGCACUUUGUAAAAACAGUAAUUCAGAAAACAAAGGCUUUGGAUCACUUGUACAAAUGUGGAAAUGACAUGAUAUUACCAGUUGGUUGAAUGUCAAAUAGGGUUGUUCAUUGCACUUUGUGUUUGUUACAAUCCACGGUUUGACCUUGAGUUUGGUGAGUUACAAUUCAGUUGGUGAUUGUUCUGGCUUGUUUAAGUUGUGUGUCGAUCGGUAUGGUGACAUCUGUCAGUGUUCUGUUAUGUUUUUGUCUCCAGACUGUUAUGAUCAUAACAAUUAUGUACGCCACCUGUAACCAUUGAAGUUCUUUUAGUAAGGCUCUCCUUAAACAGAAAUCCAAAUGCUUGGGGACAAUAUAAGUGGAUUGCUAUGUACACAAGUGGUGCAGCUGAUGAGGGGUAUUAGACAGCUGCUGGUUUAAGGGCCUGUCUCUCAGUUGUUUCUUUCAUAUUCUUAGCACAUGAAGCAGGUGUUUUUUUUGCUAACUACAUAAUCAAAUGGAAAAAAAUGUACAAUUUAGCUAUUGAGAAAUUUUAAACAGCUUAAGAAUUUGGCUAAUAUUUAUUCACAAUGAAUUUAACAUUCAGGUGAGCAAAUUGAGAAGUACACAAGCAGGAUUUGGAACAAAUUUCUAACAAA